UCCCUGAAUUAAAAUUCUCUUUCCAUUUCACGGUUUGAUUUGAAAGAGCUGUUUUGAAAUGGCAAAUGGAGAGGAAGAUCGAGACCGGGGUGCAAAAUGGCGAAUGUCGCUUACAGCGAACCUGUGUAUUUUUCACGUCCUUUUUCUUUAUCGAGUGGAGGCACAGAUCCGGUAUUCGAUCCCAGAAGAGUUGAAGACGGGGUCCCUUGUUGGGAAUGUCGCACAAGAUCUUGGUUUGGAUUUGAGAAGGCUUCGUUCUGGACGGGCCCGUAUCGUGACCGGAGAAAACAUCCAGUACACGGAGCUAAACACAGACAAAGGGACUUUAGUUGUGAAUGAGAGAAUAGACCGAGAGCAGCUUUGUGGAGAUGUGACACCAUGUAGCUUUACCUUUGAGAUUUUAUUGGAAAAACCAAUGGAGCUGCACCCUGUGACGAUAGAGGUAUUGGAUGUAAAUGAUAACGCUCCCACUUUUCAGAACAGACACUUGGAAUUUGAAAUAAGCGAAUCUGCUGCGCUUGGUUCCCGUUUUGUUUUGGAGAGUGCGGAGGACACUGAUGUUGGGCAAAAUGGCCUGCAGAACUACAUUUUGACUCCGACCGACAGUUUUGUUUUGAAACAACAUGUUAAUCCGGACGGAAGUAAAUAUGCUGAAAUGGUGCUUCAGAAACCUUUAGACAGAGAGGCGCAGCCACGCCUUUCUCUAAAAUUGUUGGCUGUUGACGGUGGAAAUCCACAGAAAUCUGGUACAGUACACAUAGAGGUAAACAUAUUAGAUGUCAAUGAUAAUGCUCCUGUGUUUAAUCAAUCCUUGUAUAAGGCCACAGUAAUUGAAAAUGCUCCAAAAGGCACCCUUGUUGUUACUGUGAAUGCAACCGACGUCGAUAGCGGUACAAACGGAAAAGUGGCAUAUUACUUUUCAAAAUCAAAGGCAGGGAUAGCUGAUUUGUUCGAUAUAGAUGAGGCUACUGGACGAAUAUGUGUGGCAAAGGAAAUCGAUUUUGAAAAGGACAAAAAAAUUGAAUUUAGGGUUGAAGCGAAAGAUCAAGGGGGGCUGACAGAUUCAAGCAAAGUUGAAAUUGAGGUUAUGGAUGUAAAUGAUAAUGCUCCCGUCAUUAACGUGAUGUCAUUCACUAGUCCUGUGUCAGAAGACUCACCUCCGGGUACCACUAUUGGUAUUAUUAACGUGAAAGAUCUUGAUUCUGGUGAAAACGGACAGGUAAGGUGCACGAUCGAAGGUAGCGUUCCUUUCAAAAUUAAAUCCAAUGUGAGAAAUUAUUAUACAUUGAUAACUGAUGCCGCCUUAGAUCGUGAAAAUCUGUCAGAGUGUAACAUCACCGUUAUUGCAUCAGACGCAGGCUCACCUCCGCUCUCAACCACAAAAAUCUUUAAUCUAAAGUUGUCCGACGUCAAUGACAAUGCACCGGUAUUUCCUCAAAAAUUUUACAGCGCAUGGAUUGCGGAGAAUAACUCUCCGGGUAUUUCUAUCAUUACUAUUAAUGCUAGAGACCCCGAUGAAAACCAAAACGCCCGCGUUUCCUUCAUGUUGGAAGAAUGUGAGAUUGGUGGGGCUCCAGUUUCUGAAUAUGUUUCUGUAAAUGCAGAAAGCGGAGUGAUACAUGCUGUGCGCUCAUUUGAUUAUGAGCAAAUCAAACUGCUAGAUUUCACUGUCAAAGCGCAGGAUGGAGGUUCUCCUCCACUCAGCAGCAAUGUGACUGUAAAAAUAAUGAUUCAGGAUCAGAACGACAACCCCCCUCAGAUUCUGUACCCAGUCCAGACUGGUGGCUCUCUGGUGGCUGAAAUGGUGCCUCGUUCAGCAGAUGUGGGCUAUCUGGUGACUAAAGUGGUGGCUGUUGAUGUGGAUUCUGGACAGAACGCCUGGCUCUCCUAUAAACUGCAGAAAGCCACAGACAGGGCGCUGUUUGAAGUGGGCUUACAGAAUGGAGAAAUAAGAACUAUCCGCCAAGUCACUGAUAAAGAUGCUGUCAAACAAAGACUGACUGUUAUAGUGGAGGACAACGGGCAGCCCUCCCGUUCAGCGACAGUCAUUGUAAACGUGGCGGUGGCGGACAGCUUCCCUGAAGUCCUGUCGGAAUUCGCUGACUAUACACACGACAAGGAGUACAAUGACAAUCUGACUUUUUACUUAGUCUUGGCUCUGGCUGUAGUUUCCUUCCUCUUCAUCACGUGUUUAGUGGUUAUUAUAUCAGUGAAAGUCUACAGGUGGAGACAGUCUCGCAUCCUGUAUCACUCCAACCUCCCUGUCAUUCCAUAUUAUCCACCACGUUACUCAGACACUUUGGGGACAGGGACUCUCCCCCAUGUGUACAAUUACGAGGUGUGUAGGACGACUGACUCCAGAAAGAGUGACUGUAAGUUCGGCAGAGCUGGUAGUCAGAACGUGCUGAUAAUGGACCCCAGUUCGACAGGGACGAUGCAGCGGAUACAGAGUGAAAAGAGCAUCCUGGAUGAACCAGACUCUCCUCCAGAGGUUAGUCAAUUACUACAGACCUAUUUGUUCUUCAUCCUUUUUUUUUUUUUUUUUUUGCAGUAA